CAAAAAGUGGCGGAAGUAGAAUAGUUGGCGUUAUCGCGAGUUUCACAAUCCUUCCCGUGUGUCGAAAAUCGAUGAGUGAUUGGUUUGUCUUCAUUGUCAAGAUUAUUUGGCUCAAUUGACGCUAAAGGGGUUCGUCAUGGCCUUGAAAAGGAGACGGGCGACGUCCCCCUCGAGCAGUGUGAGUGGAGGCGAUUUUGACGAUAGCCAGGCUUCAUCAUUAGUGUCGUCAAGUGGGAGAAAGAGGAGAAGGACCUCAAACUUUCCGACGGUGGAUCCUGUAAUUGUCAUCGUUUUUUUAAUGUGCCUUCGGAAUGAUCGUCAUGACGUAAGUUGGCAUGAUGUGAUGCAAGUGAGUUUUGAAAUUUUUGCCUUGCAGAUCGCCGUGUGCCACGAACUGUACAACACAGUCAGGGACUACAAGGACGACCAUGGAAGGAUGCUCUGUGAGCUGUUCAUUAGAGCCCCAAAACGAAGGAACCAGCCAGACUAUUACCACGUGGUGUCUCAGCCUAUUGACAUGAUGAAGAUCCAGCAGAAAUUAAAGAUGGAGGAAUAUGACGAUGUGGAGCAACUCACCAGUGACUUUCAGCUUCUGUUUAAUAACGCAAGAACAUAUUAUAAGUCUGACAGUCCUGAGUCUCGGGCAGCUUGCAAACUGUGGGACCUUUACCAACGUACCAAGAAUGAAUUUGUUCAGCCGGUGGAUGACGACGAGGAAGAUGAAGAUGGCUUCGAUGCACAAGACAACCCUGGUGGAUCUACUGAGGAUGAGAGCGCACCAACCUGCUUAAGCGAUGCCCUUGAGCAGCUCCUCGAUGCCAUGGUGACAUACGCCGAGCCCUCAGGCCGCCUGGUCAGCGAGCUCUUUCAGAGGAUGCCUUCUAAAGCGCACUAUCCAGACUAUUAUGCUAUCAUCAAGGAACCCAUAGAUCUGAAACUCAUCGCUCAAAAGAUUCAGAUGGGCCACUACAGGAGCAUCUCUGCCAUGGCUAAAGACGUAGAUUUAUUGGUAAAAAAUGCCAAAACCUAUAACGAGCCCGGGUCCCAGGUCUUUAAGGAUGCAAUCACCAUUAAAAAAGUUUUUGCACAAAAAAAGGCAGAGAUGGAACACGGUGAACCAAUCAAGUCCAGCAUUCGUAUCAGGAAUAGACGUUGUGCGCAGGGGGAACGCCUCUCAGCGAUCAGCAUGGCUCUUCAGUAUGAAAGUGACGAGGACGGAAUACUUUCCGGGUCCGUCCACUACGACGAGGGGGAGUCAGAGGCCGAGAGUUUGAACUCCAACAUUGACAUGAGUAACCCCAUUUUCCAGCUGUACGAAGCUGUACGAGGUGCAAGGAACAACCAGGGCCUCCUGAUCUCGGAACCAUUCUUGGAGUUGCCCUCCAGGAAGGACCACCCUGACUACUACCAUCAGAUCUCUCAGCCCAUGUGCCUUCAUCAGAUCAAGAACAAGAUGAAGAACAACGAGUACGAGAGCGUCGAGCACGUGGACUCUGACAUAACACUUGUGUUGGAGAAUGCCAAACGCUACAACGUUCCUCACUCGUCCGUCUACAAGCGUGCGCUGAAACUGCAGCACAUCCAACAGAUGAAGCGAAAGGAGCUCCUACAGAGAGAUGACGAUGACAGGGACAGCAUGCUUUCCUCUGCCACUUCAGACAGCAGUAGCACCAAGAGAAAAAGCCACAAGAAGAAUACAAAGAAAAAUCGAAUGAAAGCCCUAAUACUUGCUGUGACCGAGGCGCGUGAGUCAGGCACUGGCAGGCGAUUGUGUGACCUGUUCAUGGUCAAGCCCUCCAAGAAGGACUACCCUGAUUACUACAAAGUCAUCCUGGAGCCCAUGGACUUGAGGACCAUCGAGCACAACGUCCGCUCGGACAAGUACCCGACUGAAGAUUCCAUGGUGGAGGACAUGAGGCUAAUGUUCCGCAAUGCUCGGCACUACAAUGAGGAGGGCUCGCGGGUCUUUAAUGAUGCUGACAUACUUGAGAAAAUAAUGAAAGACAGACGCAGGGAUCUUGGACCAGCGAACGAUGACGAUGACAAUGUGUCUUCAAAAAUUAAAAUAAGAAAGACAAACAUCACUGUGAAGAAGUCCAAAUAUCUCACUCCCUUACAACAGAAACUGAAUGAGCUGUACGAAUCUGUCAAGAACUACACAGACAAGCGGGGCCGCCGCCUGAGCACCAUCUUCCUGCGGCUUCCAUCCCGUGCCGAGCUGCCGGAUUACUACAUCGCUAUCAAGAAACCCAUGGACAUGGAGAAGAUCAAGAGCCACAUGUUGGCCAAUAAGUACCAGGACGUAGACGCUCUGGUUGAAGACUUGGUGCUCAUGUUCAACAACGCCUGCACCUACAACGAACCUGAGUCUCUUAUUUAUCGUGAUGCUCUAGUCUUGCACCGGGUGCUCUUAGAGACCAGGCACACCCUGGAGGGCGGAGAGGACGCCUACGUGCCGGAUGUGCCUCGCCUCAUCCAGGAGCUUAUCCGCAGCCUUUUUGUCUCUGUGCUCGGCCACCAAGAUGACGAAGGAAGGUGUUACAGCGAUUCUCUUGCCGAGAUACCUGCCGUAGACCCCGCAAACCCUGAGAAGCCUGCACUCAAUUUGGAAAUAAUCAGGAAGAACGUAGAAGGAGGAAGCUACAGGAGGCUGGAUGUUUUCCAGGACCACAUGUUUGAAGUGUUGGAAAAAGCCAGACGUCCAAACAGGACAGACUCGGAGAUCUUUGAAGAUGCCGUCGAGCUGCAGCAGUUCUUUAUCAGGAUCCGAGACGAGCUCUGUAAGAACGGGGAGAUUUUGAUGUCGCCUGCCCUGAGCUAUACCGCCAAACAUCUGCAUAACGAUGUGGAAAAGGACAAGAAAGAAAAGCUCCCAAAAGAAGUGGAGGAGGACAAAAUCAAGAGGGAAGAGGAGAAAAUAGAAGCUGAGAGCAGGGAGGAACCAGUCGGAGGAUCGUGGCAAUCGAGCUCGCAGCGCACAUACCAUCAGGACUGCAGCUUUAAGGACAGCAUGUAUCGUGUCGGGGACUACGUCUACGUGGAGCCUGCUGAGCCCAACCUCCAGCCUCAUAUUAUUUACAUCGAACGCCUGUGGCAAGACAACACUGGUGAGAAGUGGCUCUAUGGUGGCUGGUUCUACAGGCCGAAUGAGACGUUUCAUGUCGCAACGCGAAAGUUCUUGGAGAAGGAAGUUUUUAAGAGCGACUAUUACAACAAAGCCCCCCUCAGCAAGAUUUUAGGCAAAUGUGUGGUCAUGUUUGUCAAGGACUACUUCAAACUUUACCCGGAACGCUUCAAGGCCGAGGACGUAUACGUGUGCGAGUCUCGCUACUCUGCCAAAUCCAAGUCCUUCAAGAAAAUCAAGUUGUGGACCAUGCCCUUGAGCUUGGUUCGCUUUGUCCCAAGAGAAGUGCCUCUGCCUGUAGUCCGGGUGGCGUCCAUAUUCGCUAUAAAACAAGAAGAGAAACCAACAGAAAUUACAGAUGAAACCAAAGUGACCGAAUGUAGGGUUGUCGAUAAGGAGUGCAUUUUAUUCCUACAGGAGAGGGAAGAUAUUCCACUGGAGAUGCCCAACGGGGAAGCCGGAUACCAGUAUUUUGAGCUGCUUUGCUACAACAACCUGUGGCUAAAAGUGGGAGACUUUGUCUACGUUGGCUCUCAUGGACAAAUGCGCCAUCAAGUGGGCAGGAUUGAGAAAAUGUGGAAGCGAGAAGGAGCUGGCUACUUUUUGGGGCCGAUCUUCAUCCACCCAGAGGAGACGGAACAUGAGCCCACCAAAAUGUUUUACAAGAAGGAAGUCUUCCUAAGCAACCUUGAAGAGGCUUUUCCAAUGACCUGCAUCGUAGGGAAGUGUGUGGUGUCAUCCUUCAAAGAGUACUUGUCUUGUCGGCCGACCGAAGUGCCUGAAGAGAAUGUUCUGCUGUGUGAGAGUCGCUACAUCGAAAGUGAGAAGCAAAUGAAGCGAUAUAAAGGCCUCAAGCGCAUUUCGUCGUCCGCAAAGGUGGUGGAAGAUGAAAUCUACUAUUUUAGAAAGCUCAUCAUUCCUCAAAAGGAGCCAUCGCCUCUGCUGGACAGGAAAAUUGAAGAACUGGAGGCUAAGUUUGCUGACAUGACAGACGAGGAGCUGGAGGAGCUUGGCGAUGACGACAGCGAGCUGGACCUUUCUCUGCCUCGGAUGCAUUCCUCCAUGUGCGGCGACAUGGACCUUAUGACCUACACGCCGCCUCAGUCCACAGCCAAGUCUCUAAAGGGCCUUUCCAAGAAGGAGGGCUCCAAGCGGAAAAUCAACAUGAGUGGCUACAUCCUGUUCAGCAGCGAGAUGCGAGCCGUCAUUAAAGCCCGGCACCCGGACUUUUCCUUCGGCGAGCUGAGCCGCCUCGUCGGCACAGAGUGGAGGAACCUGGAGGGUUCUAAAAAAGCCGAGUACGAAGAGCGAGCGGCGAAGGUGGCUGAGCAGCAGGAGCGUGACAGGACUCACUAUCAGACGUCCCCUAGAGCAGGUACCCCAGUAGGGGCGCUAAUCGGGGUGGUGCCUCCUCCAACCCCUAUGGGGAUGCUUAAUACCAGCAUGACGCCUGUGUCAGGCAUUAACGGUGUGGCGGGUGGAAGCAUGGUGAGCGUGGUAGGUCCUGGGCAGCAGGCUUCCCCUCCAUACACGGGACAAGGCCAGUCAGGACAGCCGGCGCCCCAGCAGCCGUCCUCUCCGUUGUUUGUGUCCCCCCCAGCCAAGUCCCAGAGGCUCCUCCACUCUGAGGCGUACCUCAGCUACAUUGAGGGCCUCACCGCUGAGUCGUCCACGGUCAGCAAGUGGGAACAAACACUUUCAGCUAAAAAACAAGACGUGCGCCUGACGAAAGAGCAGGAAGGUAGACUACCAUCCCACUGGCUGAAGAGCAAAGGAGCCCACAAGACGAUGGCCCACGCACUUUGGCGCCUGCGCGACUUGAUGUUACAAGACACGCUGAACAUUCGUUACGCACACAACCUGUAGCAUGCUCAUACAAAUCCGAGCCUCUGGUCCCGCACCUGUGAGACAAGUACGGGCUUAUGCUCACUAAAAGUGACUACUUUAUGUUCCUUUAAAAACUGUGUGUGUAUGUUUACAGGUGCGAUGUUUCAUUUAACAUUUCAGAUAUGCUGUUCCAAGUGCAAUAUUGUGACAACUAUUACGUGUGUGAUCAAUGCCUUCUGUGUUGCAUUUAUUUCAUAUUUACAUUCAAGUGUAUUAAAAAGAAUGUUGCUGGUAAAAAAAAAUGAAGUGUUUUGUACACAGGUCACAGUUGUGUUUGCACUACUGCAUGGGCAACAUUGGCAAACGCUGUGGGGAUUAUUCCCAGGGCGGCACAAGGAUGAGAAGGGAAAAGAAAUUUGUAUUUAUUUGUG